GGCGGGAAAUAGAGUUGGAGUUCGUUUCUUGAUAAAUUGAAAAGUAGCAUUUUAAAAUCAUAUUAAAAUAUCGGAAAGCGAAGGGUAAUAAGCCAUGUCUACUACUGAUGCAAUUGAUGCAGAAGAAGAUGAAGAUGAGGUUGCUAUGACCGCAGCAGAAGUUUUGGAAAAACUUGAAGAGGCAUGGCUGAAUGAAAAAUUUGCUCCAGAGCUGUUGGAAGCAAAAACAGAUCUAGUAGAAUGUAUGUUGGGGCAGAUAACUGCAAUGGAGGAAAAUAUUAAGCAGGCAAAGAGAGGAGACUUCAAAGUCAGUAUCCAUCGAAUGGAGAUUGACAGAAUCCGAUACAUUUUAAGCAGCUACUUGAGGAUUCGUUUGAAGAAGAUUGAGAAAUACACUGCACACAUAUUCGAGCGGGAAGUGGAGAGAUCUGAUGAUGAAAAUGCACUGUUGUCACCUGAGGAAUUUGCCUUUACAAAGGAGUUUAACGAUAGCAUUGAAUCACAUUUCAAGAAUCUUGCGUUACGUCAUAUGCCAGCUAAUCUCCAGACACUGACAAAAGCACAAAAAGUGAUUCGUCCUAACUUGGACAGCUAUGUGUUUGUGCGGGUGAACGAAGAUGCAGAAGGGGUGCUGGUGGAGGAAGAGACGUUGGACACUGGAGAGGAAAUUGUCGAUCUUCAGAAGAAUGACCAACAUAUCAUGCGGUACAAGCCUCUUGCAGCCCUCAUCUCCAGUGGGACAGUGUCUCUUAUAUGAUCAUAGGACAUUCAUAUGUACAGUGCCACUCAUCAUAGGACAUUCAUACAUACAGGUUGUCUUUCAAAGUCAUACGAUCAUGUGACAUUCAUUAUGGUUGAAAGCAGGAGUUGAUUGAGAAGACUAGUUGGCUGUAUUUACUGAACACGGUGAAGUGUGCAAUUGUAACGUGAAAAGUUGCGGAAGUGGUAGCAGAGGUAACUGCCAGAAUUUGCUGCCUACUAAUGAAGACACUGUGUAUACAUCUACAGUGAUAGUUGUGAUGAUGACGAUGAGGAUGAUGACGAUGAGGCAUGAGGUGCUGCUCCAAGCCAUAGUAUUGUAGACUCUAUCCAUCUGCUUUCACCCAUCUACACACUUAUAUAUAUUGAUGUAUCAAGAGGGAUAUAGCAAUAAAGAGCACUGAGUAAUUCCUGCCAUGUUUCAAUUAUAUUAUCACUUAUAGUAGGGGACAAUGUUUAAAAAUCUUGGGUAACGAAGUCAGUUCAAAUUAUUUUUACCUAGGUAACCAAUAGUUUGGUUAUAUGAAUUAUAUUUAUGUAACCUGGUCAGUUAUUACAUAAAUUUUGCAUUGAACUUACAUUUUAAUGACAGUAUUUGCAACUGUAGGUUUAAGAGAAAAACAACGAUUCAUGAGCAAAACGAUGGUUUGUGUGAAAUAUUGCAUGCUAUGUUGUAGCUUAAAACAAAAAAAAGUAAAAAGAUCUCAAGAUUUUAGUGCCACCCAAGUAUCAUGUCCAUCCCAGAUGUUCACAUUUUGUCAUUGUUCAUUGUACUGUUGCCAUGUUACCUGGAAUAAUUGCUAAUUAUAUUCCUCUUUUUAUGUUUCCUAUUACUUUUUAACCACAUUGUAUCUGUGUGUACUUAGCAACAUAUAUGUACAUUAGUAACUUAUAGAUGAAAUAAAUUAUUUUACUGA